AUGUACAUCUUAGGGCUCAUUAGAAUCGGAGGCCAGCUGGACGAGUCGGUUCCGCUGCCGCGGGCCCUCGCAAGGGGCCUGGCUGCCCAAAAGCACUCCGGUCUUCCGCUGGCCAAGGUGCCGCAGAAUGCCCGGAAGGCAUCAUCAAGCUUUGGGGAUGACCAGCCUGGCCAAAAGCAUCACAGUGGAACUUUGGACUCUAGUAGCGCAUGGUGCGCCAAGAAGGAGGACACUGCCCCGUGGUAUCAGCUGGAUCUGGGAGAGGUCGGGAACGUGGCUGGCGUGAUGCUGGCCGCACGAUCAGACUGUGGACAAUGGGUCACCAGGUUCCGAGUUGAACUGGCAGAUUCCGAAGAUGGCCCGUGGACUUCUGCUGAUGAUGGCCGGGAGUUUGAUGGGCCCAGCUUUGCAAAUCCCGUUCGCGCCGUCUUCGACAAUGGAUCGCAGCUCGCACGUUUUGUGAGAAUAAUGCCUGUGAGUCACAGGAACCAUUGUUCACUUCGCGCAGAUGUGCUUCUGGCAUCGGCAGAUCCAGACAAGCCUCCGGUCAUUGUUGCCUUGGGAAACUUCAGUGUUGGAGAUCCCUUCGAGUUCUCCACUCCGGAGGUGCAGACAGAUAGGAUGUUGGAGGAGCAGCACCUUGCCAUGUUGCAGGCAAAGCUUAGUUCACUUCCUCCAAAGCUUCAACACCAGGUUGCAUCUCUGAGCACCGUGCAGGGCUACGAAAAGAAGCAGCUCCAGAGCCAGGCCCUUGACGAGAUCCCAGUCUGUGGCCUCGACUCUUCCCUUGAUUCAUCUGGUGGCUAUGAGAUUGCAUUCAUGAGGAUGCUGGUACGGUGGUUCAAGCAUGAGUUUUUCAGCUGGACGAAUACUCCCAGGUGCGAGAAUUGUGGCUCCAGUGAAACCAAGACCGUCGGCCGAGCAGAUCCCACACCUGAGGAGCAACACUUCCUGGCCAAUACGGUGGAAGUGGCAGCAUGUUCCAAAUGCGGUCAUCAGACCCGUUUUCCACGCUACAAUGAUCCAGCAAAAUUGCUUCAGACGCGGACGGGGCGCUGCGGCGAGUGGGCAAAUUGUUUCACACUGGUCUGCCGCUCGCUCGGCUACGAGGCGCGGCACGUCCACGAUUGGACAGACCAUGUGUGGACGGAAAUAUUCUCUGAAUCGAACAGAAGGUGGGUGCACGUGGACUCGUGUGAAGCUGCGCUGGAUUCGCCUUUGAUGUACGAGAAAGGCUGGGGGAAGAAGCUGACCUACUGCAUCGGCUUCGCGCGUGAUCAUGUGGUGGACGUGACUAAACGAUACACACAGAGUCUUGAGGAGUUGAUGCCCCGACGAACCCAGUGCUCCGAAGAGGAGUUGAAGAAGGCCCUCAGUGCCAUCAGCGAGUUUGCGCUCGAUCGAUCUCUGAUUCAGUAUCCGGAGCCAGUAGCGGCAGCGCGCCGCAUUCUUCUCUCGGAAAGGGCUGCUGCUGAAGCAACGGCACACUUGCCGAAGGUAUCCAAUGCUGCCGAGGAGGUGGGCCGCACAAGCGGGGAUGCGGCCUGGCGUGCGCGGCGGGGGGAGCUCGGGUCCAGUGAGGCUGCGAAGCAAAAGGCGUUGGAGUGCUCAGAGUCGGGCCUUGAACAGGCCAUGGCCUCAGAUUCCACAAUGUUUCUGGUUUUUCUUCCGUGA